CUUGAGCAAGGGAAGAAAACGACACUCUCUCGCUCUCUUUCUCUCUGUUCUUCAUUUUCUUCUCUUCUUCAAGAAGAGGCUCCAAAUCCUCAUACAAGAUUGCAGAGUUCAAUUCGAGAUAGGAAGUUAGAGAAUACUGCUUCGGACAUUAAGCUCAUGAGUCAUGACUUCAAUCCAUCAGCUCUCUGUUUUGGUGUAUACUUGUCCAGAAAAUAUUGAAAGUCAUGAGAAACAAGAACAGAGAGAUUCUCAUUUCCAACCACCAACUCCUCCCGGAAGACAUUAUGAAUCAAUAGCUACAAGUUUAGUCUACUCAGAGCCUAUUCCUCACCCGGGGAGUACACAUUCUAUGGCACCAGGACAAUACCCGUAUCCUGAUCCGUACUACAGAAGCAUCUUUGCACCGCCUCCACAACCCUAUGCUGGGGUACAUGUACAGUUGAUGGGAAUGCAGCAACAAGGUGUUCCUUUGCCAUCUGAUGCAGUCGAGGAACCUGUUUUUGUAAACGCAAAGCAAUACCAUGGAAUACUGAGGCGAAGGCAAUCUAGAGCAAAACUUGAAUCGCAGAAUAAAGUCAUCAAGUCACGUAAGCCAUAUUUGCAUGAAUCUCGGCAUUUGCAUGCGAUAAGACGGCCAAGAGGAUGUGGCGGCCGGUUUCUCAAUGUGAAGAAGGACGACGAGCAUCACGAAGACAGUCAUGAAGAUAAUUCAAACCUUAGCUCUGGUAAAUCCGCUAUGGCUGCUUCUAGUGGUGGUACAUCUUGAGAAGGCCCCUCCCUACACGAAGCUUUGUUUGGUCUGGUCUCAGCUGAUCUAUGUCUUCUAGUGUAUGAUAUAUACAAAAUCUUUGUAGAAAAAGGUAUAGGUUUAUGGGAGCAAUUAGGGUAAAACGUGAAGUGGGUUUUUUAGACUUUGUGAUUAUUUAAAUAAAAACCCACUGAGGAAGCAAAAGGAAAUAAAUAAAGAGGGAAGUGUCUGCAUGAUGUUUAGUUUUAAAAUACAAUGCUACUGAUAUUGUUUUGCUGUAAGAAAUUUUGGUAAUAAAACGAAGACACAUACAAUGAAAUCUAAAGGAGUUUGGAUU